AUGAUCUUCCACAUAGGGCUUGCAGUCAUCAUCGGACGGAAGGAAUAUUACUGCGACCUCAUAGCAUUAUCCGCAUUCCUGCAUGCGCAUAGUCAACCCCACAAAGAAUUCGGAUUAUAA